UCGAAUUCAGACGUUUCUGCCUGUCCUCUGACAGUUCCUGUAGUGAACACAGGGUGGCGACACGUAGCUAAUCAGAGCCAUGUGGCUCCUGUGGGCACACGUUUUCCCACUGAAGUUUGUAGGAAGGAUUGCGCUCAGUUGGAGAGAGAGAGACAGAGACAGAGACAGAGAGGGGGAAAGUGAGCUGGGCUCCAGCGAGGAGGAAAGAGACAGAAACCAGAAGAGACGGAGACAACUUUCUUCCAAACUCUCACAUUUUUUAGUGAGAGGGUUUUGGUGCGCUUUGAAAGAGCAGCGGAAAACAGCGCACACGAUAUUAAGGCACUGUGUUUUGAUUCGUUAAUUUUUUUGGAGGGGCUCGAAAUAAAAUUUUGAGUGUAGUGGAUGUGAAAAGCGGGCUACGGUUUAACACAGAGCCGGAGGAAUGUAUCCAACUCGGGCAGCGGCGAGCCAGCGUCUCUGGAGAUGCCCAGCCUGCGCUCUCUGGAUCGCCCUGCUCCUCCAAAGUGUCCUGGACCUGAGCGCGUCUGGGUCUGAGUUUCCCCAAGACCCCAGUGUACUAGCUACCACUUCAUGGAACACCUCUAGUGAUGGGCCCUUGUUCAUCCGUCUUGACGCUCCCAUGAACAACAUCACCACCUCUCUGGGCCACACAGCCGAGCUUUUCUGCCGCGUGUCCGGCAACCCACUGCCCACUGUGCGCUGGCUGAAGAACGAUGCCCCGGUGGUGCAGGAGCCACGACGGAUCUCAUACCGAUCCACGCCUUACGGAUCACGCCUCCGCAUCCGCAACCUGGACACUACUGACACAGGCUACUUCCAGUGCAUGGCCACCAACACCCAGGGUACCGUGUCCACGACAGGCGUACUGUUUGUCAAAUUCGAUCCACUCCCUACACCUCUGCCAGGAAGGCCAACGGAGGAUUUUGAUGAAGAGGGAUUCUGCCAGCCAUACAGAGGUAUAGCCUGCGCCCGCUUCAUCGGUAACCGCAGCAUCUUCGUCGACUCGUUGCAGAUGCAGGGUGAGAUCGAGACCCAGAUCACAGCGGCCUUCACCAUGAUCGGAACAUCCAACCAUUUGUCAGAUCGUUGCUCCCAGUUUGCCAUCCCUUCUCUCUGUCACUUUGCCUUCCCGACAUGCGACCGCAGUUCUGGUACCGACAAACCUCGGGACCUGUGUAAGGACGAGUGUGAGAUCCUGGAGAACGACUUGUGUAAGACAGAGUACAUCAUCGCCCGCUCAAACCCCAUCAUCCUGAAGAGACUGAAGCUGCCAAACUGUGACGACCUGGCUGCCUCUGACAGCCCCGAGGCUGCCAACUGUCUGCGGAUUGGCAUCCCCAUGGCCGAGCCCAUAAACAAGAAUCACAAGUGCUACAACAACAGCGGGGCAGACUACAGAGGGACAGUCAGUAUGACCAAGUCGGGGCGUCAGUGUCAGCCAUGGAACUCCCAGUAUCCUCACAGCCAUACCUACCUGGCCGUCCGCUACCCGGAGCUGAACGGAGGACACUCGUACUGCCGCAACCCUGGGAACAAACACGAGGCCCCCUGGUGUUUCACGCUGGACGAGGGGGUCCGCAUGGAGCUCUGUGACAUACCAAUCUGCGACCAUAAAGACAAGUCUGGUGGCAGCAACAUGGAGAUCUUGUACAUCCUGGUUCCCAGUGUGGCGAUCCCAUUGGCCAUUGCUCUGCUCUUCUUGUUCAUUUGCGUGUGCCGCAACAACCAGAAGUCCUCCAGACCUCCUGCCCCUCGCCAGCCCAAACCAGUCCGAGGACAAAACGUUGAGAUGUCCAUGCUCACAACUGCAUACAAGCCAAAGAGCAAGGCCAAAGAGCUUCCCCUGUCGGCUGUGCGUUUCAUGGAGGAGCUUGGAGAGUGCACUCUAGGGAAGAUCUACAAGGGUCACCUGUACCUGCCGGGCAUGGACCAGGCACAGCUCGUGGCCAUAAAGACUCUGAAGGACAUCUCCAAUGCCCAGCAGUGGGGCGACUUCCAGCAGGAGGCCGCAGUGCUGACGGAGCUGCAGCACCCGAACGUGGUGUGCCUGUUGGGUGUGGUGACCCAGGAGCAGCCUGUCUGUAUGCUGUUUGACUUUUUGCCCCAAGGCGACCUCCACGAGUUCCUCAUCAUGCGUUCACCACACUCUGAUGUUGGCUGCAGCAGUGACGAGGACGGCACUGUGAAAUCUAGCCUGGAUCAUGGAGACUUCCUGCACAUGGCCAUACAGGUGACUGCAGGGAUGGAGUACUUGGCCAGCCACUUUUACAUCCAUAAAGACCUUGCAGCUCGGAACAUUCUAGUGGGCGAACAGCUCCACGUCAAGAUCUCCGACCUGGGUCUCUCCAGAGAGAUCUACUCCUCAGACUACUACUGCCUCCAGCCCAAAACUCUUCUGCCCAUCCGCUGGAUGCCCCCCGAGGCCAUCGCUUACGGAAAGUUCACCACAGACUCAGACAUCUGGUCGUUCGGAGUUGUGCUGUGGGAGGUCUUCAGCUACGGUCUGCAGCCCUAUUACGGCUUCUCCAACCAGGAAGUGAUGGAGAUGGUGAGAAAGAGGCAGCUGCUGCCCUGCCCCGAGGACUGUCCGCCAAGGUUUUAUGGGUUGAUGACUGAAUGCUGGCAGGAGGGACCAGCGCGUCGACCGCGCUUCAAGGAUAUCCACGCCCGCCUGCGAGCCUGGGAGGGGAUGUCAUCCCAUGCCAGCUCCAGCACGCCCUCUGGUGGCGGAGGUAACGCCACCACCCAGACCACCUCGCUCAGCGCCAGCCCUGUCAGCAACCUCAGCAACCCCCGCUACGCUGCUGCUGCCGCGGCUGCAGGGUACCUCUACCCAGCCCAGGCUAUUCCCUCAGCAGGCAAUAUGGCUCAGAUUACAGCCUGGACACCCAUGGCUGUGACCCAAACCCACCAGCGCUUUAUCCCCGUCAAUGGAUACCCCAUCCCGCCAGGAUACGCAGCUUUUCCAGCCCACUUCCCUCCCCCAGUCCCUCCGACCAGGGUCAUCCAGCACCACCUGCCCCCACCCAAAAGCCGCUCCCCCAGCAGCGCCAGCGGCUCCACCAGCACGGGUCACGUCAGCGGAGUGCCCUCCACCACGGGCUCCAACCAUGACGCCAACACACCUCUGCUUUCCCACUGCAUCAUGCCGGGGAGCGGUGGAGGGCCGGCUCAGGUGUACGGACAAAUUUGCCAGAAGGGGGUGGGACAACUGGACCACGCAUCACAAACAUCAGCACUGCUCGCUGCUGAUUCUGACGUACUGAUGUACAACGACUCGGUCAUCACCGCAGACCUGUAGAUAGAUAGAGGGAUUCUCACAAUCUCUCUGCUCGGGACCCAAAUUCGAGAAAUUUAGCCUCUCACCCAGGGACCCAGUCUAACAGUUCUACUCUGGUCACAAGGAGACCCAACAGAAACCGGUCUGUACGCACAUUUGGGUGUGCAAGAAACACUGCCACAGCUCCACAAGUAUAUACACAGCUGUCUUGACUUUAAUAAUGCCUUAUUGUUUAAAGCAAGUGUACUUACUACCAUGGUUUGAAAAUGUUGUGUUAUUAUUUUAACCUCUGUGUAAAUACGGUACAUAAGUCCUGAAUGAAUGAGUGAAAUACAAAGAUAUAUAUUCAAAAGAACUUUUUAUUAAGGAAAAGAUUUUAAAGGUGAAAAAGUAGUAAGUCCAUCCUGUGUCCUAAGAAAUGGUUUGUAAUUAGAGUCUGACAAAAAGUUCCUGUGUCAACAGCCCAGUCAAUGGACUGUUUGAUGCAGGAUGUGAAGGAAACACUGACAUUCAUACCAUGACCUGUAGGUGCCUUUCAGCAGUGGUGAGACUUGCUUGUUCCUGGACAUAUUAUUAAAACACAAAAAUGUGCUGUACAUUUGCUUGUACACUGAAAGAAACUGCAUUUAGCAAGUGAUAACCAAGCGAACAAAAAUGAGAACAGCAGACUGAACAAACGAGAGCUUUUACCAGCACCAGCACCGACCUGCUCAAAUACACCAGUAUACAAGGAGUACAGGUGCCGGCCUUUUGGGUUCAUGUAUUGCAGCCCGGCUAUUUGACAGCUCCCAGUUGAAGCAGAUGGAAUUCAAACUAAAACCGUUUUUUUAACAGGUGAUAAGUUGUCUAACAUACUCGCCCAGGCACUGACAUCUGUCAGAGUGCAUCAUCAUUUCAUCAUUUUCACACAAAAUUCCUUCGGGCAUGACACCUGAAUGUUUUUUGUGCAACCUCAACGUGACUGUCUGACACUUUUGCAACAUGGACACGGGCCUUUUUGCCUUUUUUAAAUCUCAGUAUACAGCUUUCCAGGCUGAGGAACAAGGAAGCUGGGAGUACCUCUGUUUGGAGAAUAAACUCUUCAUCAGCCUUUCAUUCUCCCUGCCUUCCUCUCUCUCUCUCUCUCUCUCUCUCUCUCUCACACCUUCACAUAAUUUCCCCCUCCUCCUUUCCUCUUCUCAUACCGUCUUUGACCAUCCCAGCGGAUAUGGCAUCUAACUUCAAAAGCUGGCCGCAGAGGACCCCCUACAGAUCUACAAAAUGAAAUCACACAGCGCUCAUAUCCUCAACAGCCUCCACAGCUAAGUUGGACCGGUCUCAGGGCAAACACUUCAUUCUCCACACAAGGGCUGCGGUCAAUUUACUGUCAGUGAUGUAUGCUAAAAUUUCACCCUCCCAAAAGAACAUUUUUAUUGUAAAUUGGAUAUGGUGUUUUAAUUUUUAUGGGAGAGUUUUUCACUAUUUGAAUUUUGAAGGAACUUUUAAUUUUAUUCAUAAGGCUCGUCUUCAUGUCUUUGCCCUUUCCUUUCCUGUUUUUCGGCAUGUGUAUUGUGCAAAAAAUACCAUUCAAGACAUGAAAGUGCUCAAAGUCGGGAAGAUUAAAACACAUAAGGCUCAUAGUUGAUAAUGCUACAAUCAAAAACCUUGCCUCUGUUGAUAUUUUGUAAGGUCUCACCCAUGUACAUGAACAAAAACUCCUAUGAAUAGUAUGUUUGUUGUAUGUAUGUAUAGUAUGAGUGCUUAAAUUUAUGCCUAAAUAGAAGAAUGUUUGAACUAAAUAAGGAUCAAUUUCAUGAGCUCGGGACAGAUUGUAUCACUGCGUGCAAAGAGAUUUAUGAAUGUUAUUUUCAUUUGGUUCUGUAUCAGUAAAUGAUCAGUAUCGUGGUAUCAGUGGUAGGCAUGGUAAACACCUGGCGCCAGCUGUACUGACAUGUACCUGAUCCCAACAAGGGCAGGUUUUAAAAGAAAUAGAAAGAAGAAAAUUAAUCUGCCUAUUUUGUCUGAGUUUCCUUGUGAAUUUCUAAAAUUACAGCUGUAUUUAUAUUUCAACGUGUCCAAUGUCCAGUAGCAGGUAAUCAUAUACGGUUCUGGAUGCAUUUACUCAAAUAUCCUUUUGUGAUAUGAAGAGGUUUGUGUGUUUUUUAAAUGAUUAAUUCUCAGUCCUGUAAUCACACAAAUGACGCUUCAGUAAUUAUUUGAUGAUGGUUGAUUAGAAGCUAAAUAUGAAGCUUUUGUUAUUUUUAAAGAGUCAUAGAACCAGCUGCAGUAACAGAACAGUUUGUGAUCUUAGUUGUACCUGUGUAGUAGACAAUCAUUGGUUUUGAAUGGUCGUAAAACUGUCCCAGACUGUACAUAUGUGUUGCACUCUGCUGUUGUUUACAGACUAUCAUUCUAUCAAUUAGCUGUAUUGGCUAACCAGUAUGACACAAGGGUACGCUGACAGCAUUUCGCUGUGGAUGUGCAGAGCAUAAAGUACAGUGAAAAUGGCUUGUAGCCUUUUUUUUUAAAUGGUUAAGUUUUAAGUUGACAUUUGUGGAAUGUAGAUUGACUUAGGUAUUUAGUUCAUCUACCCUUAAACCCUUGCCCCUUCAAAUCAUGGCUACUAUCUGAUGUCACUACAAGAAAACUUGCAGCUGCUCCAGUUUACUGUAGACUAGAAUCUAAAUAAAUCAGAUUUACAUUAGACUGAGCUUUAGUUUACCCUGAGAUAAUUUAUUCAAAGAAGAUGAUUGUCUGCCAUUAGCAAGAUGAAGGGAGAAGCUCUUGUUUCCAACUUGGGAAGAGAUUUGUUCCUCAUGUCAAAUCUAGUCCAGGAUUAUUUGAAUCAUUUUAUGUUAACUUUUCCAUUGAGUUUUUAUUUCAUUGCUGUCUUUUGUCUCUGUACCUUAUCUUUUUGUUUCUCUGAAGCAGAUCGAGCUACCUUGGCAUCUGAGUUUGUAAACGUGACCUCCAGCAUGUAAAGGAUUUAUGUGUACUAAUAUAGCAGUGCAAAAACCACUUGUACACAAGACUGUGAAUCUUAAUCAAGUCUAGGUGUUUUUGUAUUUGGAGAAAAUGUCAUUACUGUGCCUUUUGUUUUAUUCGAGAUCCAUUAAAAAAACAAACAAAAUACAAGUAAAUUUAUAUUUGAGUAACAGUGUACCCAUUACAGAAGUUUACAUGCUUAUCCUUUUGACCAAGAGAGGCCUUGUCCUUGUAUUUUGUCUGAACAUUUUUGCACAGAUGUUUUGUAUUGCAAAAUCAUUUAUUAAAUGAUGUUGUUUGGUUAA